UUCUUAUCUUAAUGGCAUGAACUUUGACACAUCUUUGACAGCAAACUGUCACUGUCACUUCGCAAAAAAGAGCGCCAAUUCACCGACGUGUUUUUACAAGUUUUCACGCAACCAUGGACGAAAAUAAAACGCGGGAUUUGGACGAUGUGAAUGAAAUGCUUAAAUUGGCGAAACUGGGCGAGAACGACGUGUUAUCAACCUCACAAACGGUUUAUUUCACUAGUGAUAAUCUCAACUGUGACAAUUUUAAAUUUCUCGAGCUUGACCAGCACCUACUUGAGGAAAUAAAACAGGGACAGACACUCUAUAUUAAAGGAGACGACGACGAAAACGUCGUACUUUGUACAAAAGACCGCACGUAUGAUGUUACAGGGGCCGAAACGUCCAAUAGUUUAUUGCUGGUGAAAAAUAUGGCCUUUUUCGAUGAUUUGAAAGAUGGGAAAGAAAGGGCGCUCCAAACGGUCACCGUUUCGGGGGUUUUUUACGAUUAUUUGUCCGUAACUCCCGGCAAGCCUCAUUUAAAAAAACUGCGAGAUUUGUUGGACAAAUCCGUGUAUAAAGGGCCCGAACACGAGUAUGAAAUAAAAAAUGAGGAUCUGUACGGAUACGACGACUUGAUUAAAAUUAUUCAAGCGUCAGAUCAAGAGCUCGAAAGCGUCCUCAAACAAAUGAACGUCGUGACAAUUAACGGGAAAAUCAGGCUACUUGAUGUGGAAUAUCAUUUUCGCGCCUUGUCUUAUAUGUUAAAGCUAAUUGAGGAAAACUCGUGGAAUUUAGACGAGAUCGAUUUUGACGAAACGCUAAACUCGCUCAGGGAUAUAAUCCCAGAAACAAUCCUUAAAAAUUUAUUCGACAAGUAUACAACAGAGUCUAAAAUUGUCGACGGUUUGCAAUUGUAUUCCUACAAAGAACGUGAAAUUUGCCGGUUUUUCGCCCAAAUCUUGCUCUACGGGGCGGGAAAAUUUAAUUUGGAGGAGUUUUUGCAAGCUUGGAGGGAGUCAGUUCCCGAGGGAAUGACCUGUGAUGAGGAACUCCUACACGGAAUUGCGAUAAUUGACCGGAAGAGUGACCCUCCGGUUAUUUCCGCCUUCCCAGAAGAGGAAUUACCCGAAGAAAUCAACGCCAGGUUCAAUAAAUUAUUUAAAGCUAAGGAAAAAUGGACAGUGCCUGAAAUAACUCCUUACAUCCAGCGCGUCGCGACGGACAAAAUGGACGUCAAUGCCUUGCUUGCGAAAUUCGCACGGGCGUCCAAUUCGCAAGGAGUCAAGUUUUACUCGGCCAAGCAUGCCAAGUAAACUCACCAUUAAUUGUGUGAAUGCCGCUUUAGCUAC